CGGGGGGGCGGCGGCAACGAGGGACGUGGGGCGCAGGGCGGGUUGUCGGUCGUUCGGUCGGACGGUGCAGCGUUGCAUCAGCGCGCACGGCGGACUGUGUUGUGUUAGGUCGGCGUCGGGGCGCCUCACUCGGUCGACGUUCCUCACUCCAGCACAUCUCUUGACGGUGCAUUUCCGACUUCCGCGUCGAUCCGUGUGGAAGAACGCGCGUGACCAGCAACGUGCAGAAAACCACAAACAACUGGUACACCUAGGGUGUAAACCUAGGUCAGAGCAAACGAGAGGCGUGUGCCUGUGCAAGUGCGUGCAUGCGGGACGCACAAAAGCGCGUCGCGACGCGCCACCAACAAACUGUUCGAAAACACGCACAGAACCUUCAUGUUACAACCCCCACCAACCGCGUACCACCUUCAACAACAAUAACAACAACAGCAGAAGCAGCAUCUUCAGCAACCUCAAACAGGAAGCAGUGAGCAGCUCAUCUAUUUUUUUCCCUCUCUCUUUCUCCGUCUGCAUAAACAAAAGUGCAAAAUAAAAAAAGAAUUAUCUCGCUCACAUCGUACUGCGUAAUACAUCCAAAACGAAAGUUGUAUUGAUCACUGGCUAUUAAUAGCGAACGCAAAAAUAAAAAAAAAACGAACAUCAACCCCCCAGAAAGCAAAACAAAACAUUUCGUCUUUGACUGUCCAUCCUCCUGCUCAUGAACUGAAUUGUUCCACACCAGUGUCUCCCAACAGUCUCGUUUCCGUUCGGUCCGAGCUCGCCUGUCGCAUUUCUCUCUCGAUUUCCUCUCAUAUGUGCGGGAAGACAAAAAUCGCAGGAGCGCGUUCAAUACAAUCAAAAGUGAAAAUUCAAGAUGGCCGCCGGCCGGUUUCCGCGUAGAAAACGACGCCCUUCGAAGGAACCGCUCUGAACUCGAGGCGCGUCUUAAUCUCGCUAAGAAACCGAAAACCCUCACCGUCUCAAAACAAAACGCAAACAAACAAAUACCAGCAAUCGAAAAAGAAAAUGAUCGAGGAAGGCCAAGUGUCGUCGGCCAGUGAGUUCGACCUGUCCAAUAUGCGUGAGGAAGACUUCGAACAGCACACCACCUACAUAGUGCCAGACAUUUCCGUGGAAGUCGGCACCCCAAACAGGGCCGAAGCCACGCUACCCAGAAAUCUCGUUCUUAAAUCUUCCCAAGCCCUCUCAGAUGCUCAAGGUGUUUGGAGCACGGGCUACAUCCCACGAGGGACGCGCUUUGGACCCCUCGUGGGAGAAAUUUACGCCAAAGAUGCUGUUCCACCAUCGGCCAACAGAAAAUAUUUCUGGAGGGUGCAACUACGAGAGGGCUUUUUCCGUAAUACUUGUAACGAAUCUAAGAUAUACAAGGAAAAUGAGCUUUACUUCUAUAUAGAUGGGUUCGAUACUUCGAAGGCGAAUUGGAUGCGUUACGUGAACCCUGCUUAUUCGAGCGAAUCGCAAAACCUCAUCGCUUGCCAAUACAAGAUGAACAUUUAUUUCUACACGAUAAAACCCAUUCUCCCCAACCAGGAGCUCCUCGUCUGGUACUGCAGGGAAUUCGCGGAGCGCUUGAACUAUCCCCUAACUGGGGAGCAGAUGCUUCAAAGAAUAAGACAGCAAGUGCAGCAGAGCUCUGAAGUGAUUACGGUGAGCACAACAGAUCCUCAAGCAAAAGAGGGCCCUCCAUAUGAGCAUCAACUAACACCUACAGAUGGAAGUGUUCGGUCAGACGAAGGAUACCACAGUAAUGGAUAUCACGACGAUGCGUUCACUCCGCCUGAAGAUUCCAGCGAUUCCGACAGUGAGAACAAUUAUGUGUUGGACUUUAGUACAAAGCCAAGUUCCAAGGAAACCGCAGUGAUAAAACCCGUAGCUCAUGAAACCCAAAAAAAUGAAUACCGUAAAGUGAAGAUCAAGAUUUCGAAGGCCUAUCAUUACAAGUCGAAGGCAGCGGAAAGUGAUCAUGAGAACGAGAAGGCGCCGUCCCCAGCAGUACCUGAAAUGAGCACUCAAAUAGUGACACCCCCAAGUUCGGUGAUAGUUUACGACUCGCCCCCACACGAAGUUCCUAACAAGCCCUUCUACGAAUCUGAUGUUAAACCGCAACCGAUCAGCAGAUACACGCCGCCUUCUUCGAGCAUCUUGGAGAACAUCCUUCUAAGGAACCGCAUCGAUACCAAUAACAACAACAACGACCAAAACCAGCGCCAGCCCAAUGCCACCCCGCCGCCUAGUUCACCGACGGAGAUGGCAUAUUCCUACAAGAAAAGUCAUAGAUACGGAGCGGUGCCUUGCAGUCCAGAUUCAAGUUCAAAUUUACAACAAACGCAAACGCCGACAAGCAAGAGCACUCCGCCGAGCCCUCCGAACAACUUUUAUUUAUCACACAAUUACGACUACCAACCGCAGACAUACUACAACCUGUAUCAAUCUCCCAACAACAACACCGUACACAGUACGAUUCCAACGCCGACGACAACGUACUCACCCCCAAUAACGACGAGUUUCGCUACAACUCAGAUAAUCUCUACGUCCCACAUAAUGACCACAAAUCUGAACCAUCAACUUCUCACCCCGCUGACACCUCUUCAGCAUCCAUCGAGACCGUCGCCCCCAGGUUCGAGAAGUCCCGACCAAAACUCUUGCAGCCUGAGCCCGACGAGUCCCAACGGCUCUUCACGUGGCUACAGGAGCCUACCAUAUCCACUUAAGAAGAAAGACGGUAAAAUGCAUUACGAAUGCAACGUCUGCUGCAAGACCUUUGGACAACUCUCCAAUCUCAAGGUCCAUCUGCGUACGCACAGCGGUGAACGACCGUUCAAAUGCAACGUGUGCACAAAAUCGUUCACCCAGUUGGCUCAUCUCCAAAAACACCACCUGGUGCACACUGGAGAGCGUCCUCAUGAAUGCGUCAUAUGCAAGAAGCGAUUUUCAUCGACAUCCAAUCUGAAAACGCACCUGCGACUCCACAGUGGCCAAAAACCGUACGCCUGUGACUUUUGCCCCGCCAAAUUUACACAAUUCGUGCAUCUGAAACUACACAAAAGGCUGCACACGAACGAGAGGCCGUACAUUUGCCAAGAAUGUGGAAAGAACUAUAUCAGUGCAUCAGGUCUUCGGACCCAUUGGAAAACAACUUCAUGUAGACCUAACAACAUCGAAGAUGAACUCAACGGGGAGUGUUCUCCCAACUACUACGACUACGCAGCUUCAGAGAACAGCUUAGGUUCCGUAGACAUGAAGAAGGAAAUCUUCGAUGAAUCGAGAGAAAUGUACGAGGUUCAUGGCCAGCCAGCACAGAUGGGUCACACGACGGUCCUUCAUCCGGGUUUGUCAAGGCCUAUGACUCAACAAGGCGGGGGUAUGCAAGUGCAUCACCAAAGGGUCUCAGGCCCUUUGGUCUCGUCGCACGCGACCAAAGUAGAAUCGAGGCCGAGCGUGAUAGAAUCCUCGCAGCCACACAUAAUUGAAUGUACCUAAAAGGACAAUUUGCUCAUUCGCGAAAUUGAAACAUAGAAGAAAAGAAGCAGAAGAAAGAAUUACAUAAACUCAACAAAGAAACACACACAACCUAAUAGUUAAGUUGUUAAGUUUUUAAUGUUUAUUUAAUUUUUAAGAAAAAUGAAAAACAAACUCCCUCUCACGUGCAUUGUCCCGUAAAAAAACGCGAAAUAUUGAAAACAAGCAAAAGAAAAUUUGCUGAAGAAAGUUUUUCAAUGGAAAACAUUAUAACAAAAUGGACGAAGAAGCACCGAAAAAGCCCAACCCCCCCGCGCGCAAAAUGAAAUUGUUGCGAAAA